CAAGAUGUAAAAGCAAGAAAACCAAAGUACUUCAUACGCCAGAGAAAGGAUAUCAGAUCACAAGAAUGGAAGAUUUUUGGAAGCGAGCGAAAUCCUUCGCGGAAGAAGCGGCUAAGAAAUCACAGUCCCUAACAGCACCGAGCAAAAUCGCCGUUCUUGUAGCCGAAACCGCCAAGAAGUCGAAGGAACUUGCUGCGGAAGCCACCAAGAAAGCCGAUGAGCUCAAAACCGCCGCUCUCAAGCAAGCCGAUCAAAUCCAAAUCCAAGGCAUUUCCAAGUCCAUUUCCGAUUUUAUCCCUCCUCAACUAUCCUCCCUCUCCAUUACCUCUCCCGCUUCCACUUCUUCAGAUCCUCAUCCAAUAUCCGAUUCGGAGCUCCGGAAGUUCGGAAUCACCGAUGAUUUGAGAGACUUUGUCAAAGGCUUUACUCCAAGUACUUUCCAGAACUUCCCUUCCCCUGUCCAAGAUGAACCAGAGCCGUCCGAUGUGACUACUAAGGGGUCCAAUGUACGUAAGGAUCUGAGUGAAUGGCAAGAGAGGCAUGCGACACUUGUUCUUACUACUGUGAAGGAGAUCAAGAAAUUAAGAUAUGAAUUGUGUCCUCGUUUGAUGAAAGAAAGGAAAUUUUGGAGGAUAUAUUUCACUCUUGUUAGCACUCAUGUUGCACAUUAUGAGAGGCAGUACAUGGAGGAAGUUAUACAGAGAGAAGUGGAGGGGGCUAAAGAGGACAAACCCAAGGAAAAUCCUGUUGUGAAGGCAGAACCGGAAAGUAGUUUAAAAACUAAAACAUCAAGCGCAUCUGCCGAGCAGGAUUUGGAUACGUUUUUGUUAGGAGAUUUUGAUAGUGAUGGGGGUGGUGAUGACGCAGAUGGUGAUGUUGAUGCUGACGGGAGCCUGGAUGAUGAUUUUGACAAGAUUGAAAAUUCUUUCCAUGGCAACUUGCAGGAUGUUGAAGAUGAGAAGAAGAAUGCUGCAGGAACAAAAGCUUAGAGUUGGACUAUGUAAACACAUUGGAGUGGAAGCUGUUAUCCGAAAAUAUGAUUUCGGUGGUUUAGAUUUGGUACUUGUACUGUAUGUUUGGUCGAUGGGAAGAGAGAUUAUGAUUUGGUAUUUGUUUAUUUAUUAUAAUACAAGAAACAAUUGCAGGUUCUGUGGCUAGAAGAACAU